GGCGACGACGGGUCUGAAUCGAUUGAGGGCGGCACAGGGUCGCGGGGCAAGCGCGUCACUAUCGUGGAUGUGACAGGCGAGGCUCCACCCAGUAAGACUUCCUCGUCAGAACGUCGAUCCAGUGGCGGCAAGCGUCGUCACAAGGCGGUGGCUCGGGUCGUGAAUCGCCCCAUAGCCUGGGAUCCCAACGAGGAAGAUGCGCGCCCCAUGGACCAAGAAUAUCCAGUCGAUGAAAACCUUGCAUGCGCUUCACUCGCCGGGCUUCCCGUUGUGUGGCGCAAGCUUCGGACGGAUCUUCAGCUGGCCAUGCGGACUGGAUUGACGUACUCGGAAGCCAUGACUCUGUUGAACCGUGACGAAAUGGCCCAUCACCUGUUCCAUCCUUACGAUCUGUCCUGCAUGCUGGCUCAGAUGAUGUACUGGAACCAACUGGACAAGGCUUAUUGGACAACCUACGUGCCAGAACGAUACUUCCUCCGCGCGGAGAGCAUACUGGAUAGCUACGCACAGGAUGGCGUCGAACCGGAUCGGUGGCCCGACCAGAUGGACCCCACACAACAUGACAGUGAGCUACUCUUGGACGAGAACGAAGAGGACGUUGACAACGAGGAUCGAGAUGGCAACUGGGAACCCAGCGAGGAGGCUCAAGCCAAGAUCGACCGGAUGGAAGCUCGUGAGGCAGCAGUACAACAGGAUGACACGGAGGUACUGGACACCAACGCUGCACCGCAUCUCGUUCUGCCUUCGAUUCGUCGUCCCAAGCGCAGGGCUAGUUCGGUGUCAUCUCAAUCGGAUUCAGCCACCAUUGGAUCUGGCAAGAAACGCAAGAAGUCUCGACCUGGUGAUGAACGCAAGAAGUCUCCACUCGCUCGCAAGGAGAUGAAAGAUCUUACUCCUGAAGAGCUGACCGUGAUCGAGAAACCGGGUCGAGGCAUCACUUCGUGGCGCCACAAGGGCAUCCUGACCACUUUUGCACCCAGUACGACUUACGCCGUCUAUCAAUCCGCAGGUUUCCCUGACUACGCACCGAACCACAACGGCGGGAUGGGGCCACUCAAGGAUCGCUUCAAUGUGGACGAGUACCGGGCGAUUAUGGAGACCCGACCGGGUGAGCGGAUGUACAAGCGUCGUGUCAUCAACCUCAUCUUCCACAAGCGUUACGCCUUGGGAGUGAAGGUCCACGUCGUGCUGACCAAGAUCGUGAAGUUCAUGAAGGACAACGCGCUGGUCAUCUGGUACGCGGGACACUGGGUGACUUAUCCGGAGGACUCGUCGUAUGGGGUGAAGGCGAAAAAGAAACGCAAGAGUCUGCAUGAUCCUGCCAUCAAGAAGUACGCCGAGCUGGCCGCCGAACUUCUGAACGCAUGGACCCCAAAAACGAUCCUGUACGAGCCAGUCAUCUGGGUGUAUCCGGCGAAGGUCUGUCCUUGGAUCGUGUUCGACAAGUCCGAGAAGAAACCGGAUGGGAAGUCGUACACGAUGGCCGAGCAGCUCGAGAUCCUGGAUCGUGAAGAGCCAGCUCGCAUCCAGUGGACCAGGUGGACCCUCGAUAGGAUCAUCGUGGAUUGUCCGGCGCAUAUCCGGAAGAAGCUGUUAUCUCCUGGUGAGCGUGCCAAGAGUCCGUUAACGAAUCAUUUC